AUGUCUGAAGAAGAAAAGAGAGUCUUCCCAGACUCCAGAUUCAAGUUGCCAUCGGGCCUUGUCAAUUUCACCAACGCUUCAGCAUACCCAAAGUGGGAGCCUGUUGACACCAGAAAAGAGACUCUUCAGGUGUUUAGAUUAUCCUUCUACACCACCGUCGGUGCCUACGCCUGGUUGUACUUGUGGAAGAGAACCACUUUCAAGCUUGGAUUGCCUUUGGCUGUUACUGGUUUUGCCACUGUUGCCACUGCUACCAAGGGUAUUGUGACCAACUUGAGACAAAAGAACGAUGGCUGGAACACUUUCUGGGCCGUUGGUGCCGGUAACUUGGCCUGUUUGACUGUUGGUUUCAAGAAUAUGCCAGCUAAGCACAAGGUUAUGGCUGGUAUUGCCGGUGCUGCUAUUACUGCUGCUGUGGACCACGUUUCUUGGUCUCAGUCGCCAAGUUUUGCAGGCAGAGACACCAGAUACGCUGAGGCUAACACAGGUGAUGAGCUUCCUCAGCAACAGUUCUGGGACGUGUGGAAGAGGAGACCUUUGUCGCAAACCGUUGAGGCUUUGGGUGAAGGUAGAGGUAUUUUCAAGCAGUAG